AUGGACGCGGGAAAAGCAGCCCAAGUGCUGCGCAAAAUUGAAGAUCUCAACGAGAACCACGAAAUCUCAAUCAUCAGGCUCAGCGAACCCAUCUCCAGCGCCGUCGCGCAGGAAUCACGGCAGCGUACCUCAGAUGCCUCCAAUGCAUCCCAAGAUGCCGCGACACCGGCCAGCCUAGAGGCUGACCUCGAGCACUACAAGGAGCUGUUCGCCAAGCUCCGGUUCUCCUACGUCGAGCAGGUCACAAAGGAGAAGUUCAUCCGCGCCAUCGUCGGCGACCCGCCCGUCAUCGUCACGCCGCAGGAGAAUGCGGAGCUGGAAAAGGCGAACCUGGAAGCCAAGGCGCAGCUCAAGGCGCUCAAGGUGGAGGUCGCGGACAUGGUGACGGAGCUGGAGAGGAAGGGCAAGGAGCUGGCGAAGCGGUACGAGGGCGUCUCGCUGGACACGACGAAGCUGAGGGAGCUACCCGACAAGAUUGCCGAGUUAGAGGAGCAGGUUGCGGAGCUCAAAGAGGCGCAAGCGCCGGGGCAGAACCCGAUGAUGAACCUGCCCCUUGCGAGGACCCUCGAAUUGGUGGACGAGAAAAAGAAGCAGCAGCAGCAGUUGGAUCGCGAACUGGAGCAGUUACAAGCCAGGGUGCCGCGCAAGAGAAAGGAGCUGGAAAGGUUGCAGGCCGAGUUGCUACCGUUGGAGGCCAAGAGACAGAACAGCACAGCGGCUGCCAAGGAGGCGCGAAGGCGGAAGGAGGGAGCUGGCGGUGAUGCGGACGACCUCGAGGAACGGGGUCGGUGGUUGAGGGCCAGCGAGGCGGCACUCAAGCAGAUGUUGGAUAUUCAGGGUUAA